AUGUCCGCCGGGGAUCGGCGCUGCCCCGCGGGCUUCGUUUUCCGCUCCCUGCCCCAGAAAGCUUUCCCCUGCCUGGAGGACAGGGACAUCCGGGACCGACUCCUCAAAUGGUCCAUGCAAGGCAGGAUCACAGCACAAGCGUUCAGUUUUGACCAGCAGUUUAAGCCCUAUCAAAAGGAUGAAUUUGUUAUGGCAUUUUUUAAUGAUCAAAACGUGAACUCCAGUUUAAAGUUGCUCUCAGCUUCAGGACAAUGGACUACAUUGGGUUCCAAAGUGACAAAAGUUGAAGCAACAGUGGUGCCCUGUACACAGAUUUCCAUGUCAUUUUUUGAUCGGCUAUACUCUGAAGGAGUUGUUAGAGAAACUGGAGAUAUUGUGAAAUGUUAUGAUGACUAUUACAAUGAUAUUCUCAUCUCUGAUGAAUUAAGGAAGGUCUUGCUUCUGGAAGAUUCAGACCGUUAUGACUUAUUCAGUCAAUUGGAUCGCGAGGAAUUUCUGUUCUGUCUUUUUAAGCAUCUUUGCAUUGGAGGAACUCUUUGCCAGUUUGAAGAUGUAGUUGGUCCAUACUUAGAAACUACAAAAGCUUUAUAUAAAGACUUGGUGAGUGUUCAAAAGAAUCCUGAAACAAAAGAAAUACGUAUUAUUUCUACAGUCUUCAGAGUGUCUGCAUUUGAUGAUAAUGGCCUGUGUUACCCUUCAAGCGAAAGCCACGAACAGACUUUUGCCUACUUGAUUGUGGAUCCCUGCAAGCGACAUGUGCACGCUCUGUAUCACCGUUUUGGUGGAAGCUUAUUUACUAACUAGUUAUAAACCUGGCUGUUCUCCAGUUUUAUAAUGGAGGUGGCCUUCU